GAAAAAAUAAAAUAAAAUAAAAAAAUGAAAGGGGAAGAACAGAAAUUACUCAAAAUCCCCUGUUUGCAAAUCUGUGCUCAAAUCAAACAGUUAACAGAGCAUUUUUUUUUUGGAACAGCAGUAGUAGGUUCCUCUUUCUAUCUCUAGCUGCUUUCUGGGUUACUCUUCCCCUUCUCUGUAGGCUUCAGGAUAAUAAAAAACCUUUCUUUUUUCAAUUUUCAAUGGCGACUCAAGAGGUUAAUAAACCUCCAUCACUCCCUCCUUACCCUGAGAUCUGCAAAUCAUUGAAGUUGAUGAAAGUGGAUCGUGAAAAUGAAAAGAGAAAGGUUGAAUUGAAGAAACACCAAUUUUUUUUAAAAGGUGUUUUAAAUAAUGCAGAUGAUAUUUAGGGCUAUUGAAGCGUUGAAUAGUGACAAUGGCUCGAACAAGUCCACAAUAUCAAAGUACAUUGAAUCGACAUAUGGGAACUUGCCAACUGGGCACUCAUCUUUGCUCACACACCAUUUGAACAUGAUGAAAGCGAGUGGGGACCUUGUGUUCUGGAAGAACAACUACAUGAAGAGGGAUCCUACGGCACCUCCCCGACGAGGUCGUGGCAGGCCUCCCAAAUCGAAGAGCCCUCUUCCACUCAGUUCUGCAAUAUCCCCACCAAAGCCGAGAGGCCGCCCGCCUAAGGACCCCAAUGCACCUCCAAAACCACCAAAGCCAGUGCAGAUGAAGGUAUCUUCUGGGACUGGAAAACCAAGAGGACGACCAAGGAAAUUCCCUCAGUCAGCAACCACGCCAGCUCCUCCGGCACCAAGUGGGAGGCCCAGAGGUCGACCUCCUAAGGUGAAGGCUACAUUGACGGAAGUUAGUGUUCAACAAUAGAUUGUUGCAGUGCAGUUAAUUGGUAGUGCCUUGACUCUCCCUCUCUCUCACUCUCUUAUUUGUCUCUCUGUUGCUGUGUGGGCAGUUUGUAGUUGUAGUGCUUAGUUUUAGUUUGAUGUGGAUGUGGGUGUAAUUCAUGUAAAAUGUGGUGUAGUGGUUUGUGAGGCUCUGUUGCUUUCUAAUUUACAAAGUGAACAUUGACCUGUGCUAAUCAUAAUUUCUUCAGUGUUUCGAUCCUUCAAA